CGUUUCGGGCUCUCGUUCGCGUUGCCUGCUGGCUGCUCUGCCGUUGUGGUGGCUGUGCUGUCCUGUGUGUGAUAUUUGGCCAACGCCAUCAGUGAAUCGGAACUCGACCCCCUUCCCCACCCAACGACAAGACAGCGAGGAAUUUUCGCGGUACCCUCACACCAUCCCUGCCAUUCCCAUGACUCCAAAAUGACUGUGGACUUCCGCGACUACUUCUGGGGAGAAAAGAACAAUGGCUUUGAUGUGCUCUACCAUAACAUGAAAUAUGGCUAUCUCGCAGCCAAAGACUUGGCGGAGUUCUUCCGCGAGAGGUCCCUGGUGGAGGAGUCCCACUCGAAGCUGCUGUCGAAGCUUGCCCGCCAGGCAGCUGGCUCCUGCUCGACGGGCACCUUCGGCCCCCUAUGGGGGGUGCUGCGCUCUACCUCCGAGAAGCUCUCUUCACUCCAUGCACAGAUGGUGGCACAACUGCAGGACCUGGUCCGGGAGGUGCAGCGCUACUGCGAGGAGCAGCACCGGCGGCACAAGCAGGUGAAGGAGGAGGAGGCGCCAACGCUAGAGGUGGUGCAGGGCCUGCAGCAGACGACGGGGGCUUUGGCCAAGGCCCGCGAGGCCUAUGCUGCCCGGUGCCUCGAGCUGGAGAAGCUCAGGAGGGAGUCCUCACCCAAGGACCUAGACAAGGCAGAGGCCAAGGCUCGCAAGGCAUGCGAGGAGUACCGGCAAUUGGUGGAGCGGCACGGUGCAGUGCGGGCAGACUUUGAGCGGCGCAUGGCUGGCUCCUGUCAGCGGUUCCAGGAGCUUGAGGUGGGCCACCUGCAGCAUAUGAAGGAGUUCCUGGCGGGGUAUGCGCGUGUACUCGACAGCAGCCACGCCCUCGUUGGGCAGGUGCAUGCCGAGUUCCGGCAGCAGUGCGACGCCCUGGAUGUCGACGCGCUGCUGCGUCAAUUUGCAGCUGUCCGUCAGACGGGCUCCGAGAAGCCAGAGGCGAUCACCUUCGAAGAGCCCGACCCGAGUCUGCAGUUGACGCCGACGAAUGCGGGUACCACGGGCUCACCACCAUUCUUCACGACAUCCACGCCUGCGCCAACCGGGUCUGGCUCCGAGAACGGGCCUGUGCUGCCAGCCGACUUCUGCCCGGCUGCAGCGGCGGCGGCACCGGCACCAUCUUCAGCUGCCACCAACGGUCCGCAGCCGCCUGUGGCUAAGAAAGAAGGCGCAGGAGUCGAUGCCAACGGCAGCCAAGCCAACUCCACAGCCGCUCCCAAGAGAGAGUCACUUGCCCGAACCUCGCUGCGAUCAUCUAAAUUUUACUUCAUUGAGUAUGACAUACCAAUCAGUUGCAUGGCAGCAUACAGUUACAUUGCAGGGUUCUUGAGGACCAAGUGGGAGCGGCAAAAAGAGAAGCGCAAGCGCAAGAAGGAGAUGUCUUCCAAGGAUGCAUCGACCACGAGCGGAGAGGCGCGGCCGCCUGGGUGGCGCUCGCUCCUCAGGGCACGAGCCGCUCUGGGCCGAGCCGGCGGCAGUGGCACUCUGCACGAACCGUCGCCGCCAUGCGAGCGUAACGCGCUCCGACGGCUUUCUGUCGAGCAGCCCCGAGCCACCUCCGACCUCGAUUCGCUCUUCCACGUGCCGGUCCCCACGGCAACCACCUCAGUUGCACCGGUGCCCACCAGAGACAGCAAAGAAUCUGAAGAACAGAAUGCCGAAGUCGACGAAGAAGGUUACACAGUACGGCCAUCAUCGGAGCGUCACAAAGAAAAUGACAGGGACAGUUUCUACUCAAGUUCAGACGGCGAUUCAGACGAUGAAGAGAGAGACAGGAGGAUCCACAUAGAAAUCAAGCCCUUGAGCAACGGUGCACCAAUGAGUGCAAGUGUUGACGAACUGCGCGCCACCAUUGGCUCACUAUCACUGUCACCAAUUCCCCAGCACUCUAGUCGGAGGCCAGAAACGCUGUACAUCAGGCACAAGGCACGGAGAGCGUACAACAGCGCCUCGUCGACGCCAGACGAAGCACCCAAGAGGCCAGCAAAUCAAAGUUCAAAGGACAGUGCAGGCAUAGGCAGCGGCACGGAAGCUGACAUGCUCGGCUUGUUCCCACUGGACACGAGCGCAUCAACGGCCACCACGCGACUUCAAAGUCCGCUGGGCCAGGGCGAGCCACCGCCGCAGCCUUCUGCGUCGAGCAACGUGCCCUCCUGGGACCGAUACGCAGCAUUGAGUGACUUAUUCAACGACAAGGCACCGGCCGACUCGUCGAGUUCAGAGGCCAGCAAAGGAGCGACCACCAGCAGAGGGGGAACACCAACAAGUGCCUUCACGGGGCCGGCGCUACCAAGGCCGCCGUCUAGACGAUCGGAGGCCGUACGUGGUCGGGCGUCACCACUGCCCAUGAGCCGGACGGAGAGCGUGGGCAGCCUGAGCAGCGACUUCAAGACGACGCCUAUGCCCCUGGGGUCGUCACGGGGUCCCUCGCCACUCACGAUUGGCCUGUGCGACUCCAUACCACUGGCUAUCGCCUUCCAGGAGGUGGUACAUGCCCGCUUCCGAGGAACUGACGAGACCCUCUGCCAGGUAAAGCUCCUGGGCGACAUGAAGGUGUCCUUCCCUGCGGGUAUUGUGCACGUUCUGACAAACAACCCGUCGCCAGCCACGCUAACCUUCAGGGUCAACACAGCUCGCUUUGACAAUGUUCUACCCAACAAGAACCUCAUCACAUUGGACGCGAGUCAGUCGACGAGCGACCGGUGUGUUUACGAGUUCAACAUGUCGUUGCUGACGGGCUUGCUGCGGCGGCAGCACGAGCAGACACCGUCGGCGUCCUACUUCAACAUCGACAUCCUCAAGUACCACGUGCGGGCGGGGCCUGGUGCUCGGUCGGCGCCCCUGCACCUGGUCGCCUACUGGAAGACGCAAGAGGACAACACAAACCUCAAGAUUGACUACGAGUACAAUGCCAAGGCCCUGAGCCUGCCGGCGGGCACUGGGGCCACUGGGGUGAGCCAGCCUGCGUCAGCAAAUCCAGCACCAUCGGCACCGGGGCUUCCGCCAUUGACAGGACUAUGUCUGGGCGUGCCCAUGGACGGUGGUGUAACUAGUGUGCAGGCCAAGCCUUCGUGUGUGUGGAACGGGGAGACCCAGCGGGCCCUGUGGAGGCUGAACGACCCGCUGGGCGGGACGGCAGGCGGUCAGCGGGGCGGGUCCGUGCUGGCACGCUUUGCCCUGUCACGAGGCCCCUCUACGCCUCGCCCCCUGGAGGCACGCUUCCUCUGUGAGGGAGCAACACUGUCCGGUGCCAGCUUUGAGCUGAUUGGCCAGGGCUAUCGCGUGUCUCUAGUCAAGAGGCAAAUAUUGUCGGGCAAAUACCUAUGUGAGCCGUGACAUUUGCCCGCGACGGCGAUGACGGGCCGUCCCCUACCACCUGUCCCCGCUUCCCCGCCGUCAAGCCCCGACGAACAAGACAGCAGCGCUCCGCAACCAACCAUGGCGGCGGCGGCGGCGCCUGUGCCGGUCGCUGGUCCGACCGACGAGCGUGUCGCCACUCCGCCUCCCCCCUCCUUUGAUCCACCUCCUCCGCCCCUGCCCCCACUUCUCCUUCGGAGACCUUCCUGCGAGGUCCUCCAGCCUCCUCUCACUCAAACCCAACCCGCCCCUGAAGCUCCGCCUCUUGUCGCUCAAACCCGCUGUACCGCGACCGAUGUCCCGUCCCCACCCCAGCAGCAGCAGCAGCAGCACCAGGCCUCGCCUCCCCCUAUAUUCGCCCCGGCUCACAUCUCGGCCCUCACCGUCACCGUCGUCGCAGCCAGCGUCUUCUGCCUAGCCUUGCAAAUUGUGGCACUCUGGCGACGUAGCAGUUAGUAGGUCAACGAGGAGAAAACUCGACAAAAGUGUGCACGCACAUACCCACCACUAGGGUGUGAGGACAGAGAACGGCACUUAUUGUCCUUCUCGAUUUUCCUUCGCUCCAUGUCCUCCCACUUGCCGAGACGAGAGAGAGUUUGACAAGAGCCGACAAAUGUUCCCUCUUGUAGACAAAAUGUCGAAGCGGGCUAUCUUGUGUCCAUUUACUUGUGAAAACUUGCAGUCAUUGCAUCGUGCCCAUCCUAUUUCAUGCUGCGGAGAUGACCUCUGGAAGGUGCCCGUGGUACACAACGGUUGUGGUAGAUGCCCGGUGGAUACAGACCUUUCUUUCAAGACGACGCGAGCCAGAACAUGUUUUCCCCGAGUGGCGACGGUGGUGGCGGCGGUGACGGCGGCAGCGCAGAUGUGACCGGCUUCAUGGCAAACCUCGUGCAAAAAUGUUUUCCUUCUCUUGUUGGCUUGUCGCUGACGGUGUAAUAUAAACUGACUGACGGUCGCACUUGCCCUGCUGUGUUUUCACCGUGCAUUGUGUACAUAGAGAGGAUAUUUUUUAACGAGACUCGAUCCCUGUCUUUUUGCCUUAUGCCUCCUUUGUGCUUUGCCUCCUGUUCUGCCUGCAGUCUGCCAGUUGCCAUUGCAGACGAUGUGUUCGCAGACUAAUUACUGCUGCGGUUACCGUUGCCUCCGCCGUCGCAUUGUCCGUGUUUUCCCGCGUGACCUUGUAAAUAUUGCAGUUAAAGAGAGACCACCUCAAGAACAGCCUGAAGUUGCUGCUUGCUCUUUCUCCCUCGUUUUAAUUAAAUAACUUGUCGCUUGUUCGGCAAUUACUUGUUUGCUCUAGCCUUUAUCUUUAUUUUUUGGAAUGAAUGCGUUGUUUAAAUGUACCAUCUGUUGUUGCUUGACAUUUGUCUAACCUUAAGUAUAUACAUAAAUAUAUACAUUAUAUAUAUAUAUUAUAUAUAUACACACACAAUGUUGUUGAUUUGAUGGAAUGCUUUGCUUUACAUGAGCAACAAAAAAAUAAAACUCGGAAAACAGCUUGUGGAGGAAGCAAUAAAAUUGCUGCCUUUCAGAGCAAGAA